CGAAGAACUUAAAGGAUGCGAUAGCCGUCGCAUUUCAUUAUCAAGAUCAAAUCUUAUUCUGGACUGACGUUUCCUUGGGAAAGAUAUUACGCAAAUCUAUAAACAAUGACAGUAAAGUUGAAACAGUUGUAUCUGUUGGUUUAAUCCGACCCGAAGGAAUUGCGAUUGAUUGGGUCACCAAGAAGAUUUAUUGGACUGACUCACACUUGAAAUUAAUCGAAGUUGUGAAUUUUGAUGGCACGCAACGUUCUGUGUUAUUUUGGGAAAAUUUAGAUAAACCCAGAGCUAUUGUUGUUGAUCCUAGCCAUGG